GCGAACGAAGACCUACAGCUUCCGGUUGACCCGGAAGUGUUCCCUUUCCUCCAACAUGGCGGUCAAUCUUACCGAGUUGUCUCUCCCGCAGCUGGAAGGAUUAAAGUCUCAGCUGGAUCAGGAGACGGAGUUCCUCUCGUCGUCCAUCGCGCAGCUGAAAGUGGUGCAGACCAAAUACGUGGAGGCGAAGGACAGCCUGAACGUCCUAAAGAAGAGUAACGAGGGGAAGGAGUUACUCGUCCCUCUGACCAGCUCCAUGUACGUCCCCGGGACUCUGAACGACGUGGAUCACGUGCUGAUUAACGUGGGGACGGGAUACUUUGUCGAGAAGAACGUGGAGGACGGUAGAGAUUUCUUUAAGCGCAAAAUCGACUUCCUGACCAAACAGAUUGAGAAAAUUCAGCCGACUCUGCAGGAGAAAUACGGCAUGAAGCAGGCUGUGGUUGAAGUCAUGAACAUGAAGCUCCAGCAGCUGCACAGCCAACAGACACCGCAGUCCAGCACCGCCAAGGCCUAGGGUCUCACACACACACACACACACACACACACAGGUCUCCAUAGUAUAAGUUAUAAGUUGUUCUGUGAGUAUUGAGAUGUGAAAUAAAGUCUUAAUCAAGA